AUGGAGGUUGUAGUGAUCUGACCAAGUAUGAUGGAAAAGUAGAUAUGCAACACCCGCGCUAGUAUGCUAAUAUAUAUAUAUUAAUGAUAUAUAAUCCACUGCUGCUUAACCAAAGGGAGCCCAGGCUGAUGAACUGACCAUCACUCAAGGUGAAAGACUGGAGGUCAUAGAGGACGGAGAUGUGGAGGAGUGGGUGAAGUCUUUAAGUGUAUCUUUGCAACCAUAUUGGUGGAGUGCUGCAGUGACAGUUGACCUUCUGGAAGUUUCUUUUAUCUGUACUCAUCUGUUUCCUUCAUGAUGUCAAUAUGGCUGUCAGUGUACUAUAGCAAUACAGAUCACCAUUCUUUCCAGCUUUUCAGAGGCAGCUGGAACUAUACUGACAAGGAUGGAAAGUCUCACUACCUUCACAAUGACUCCUCUUGUGGAACCUGGAUUGGACAGAAAUCUGACAGCUCAGUGGUGAUUGGUUCUUCCUUUGAUGGCUGCUAUGUGCGCAAGGAGAAUGGAAAUUACAUGGUGACUGUCACUCUAGAAGAAAUUCUACAUACUGGAAAACCCCAAUAUCACAAGAAGGAUCUGAUGUGCCCUAUUCUUCCUGCUCUCCCAGCUAUGGAUGCUCCUAGUGCAAGUGAGUGCGCUUCAGUUCAGCAAGCUGACCGUCUGCAGUGUGCCAAUGACUCUGUAUCCAGAGAGAUCUGUGAAGGCCUUGGAUGCUGCUUCUCUCAGGAUGUUGCCCUGCGCUGCUUCUAUGGAAAGAAAUUGACUGCCUAUUGCUCUGCUGAGAACACCAUGGUGGUUGCCAUCUCAAAAGACCUGGCUGUACCAUCCCUACUCCUGGACUCUGUACGUGUAGUGGAUGUAGAUUCCAACUCCUGCCCCAACCUGAGGGUAGCAACAACUGCAUCAUUCAUUGGGUACCAGAUCCCGCUGUCCUGUGGGAGUCCCCAACAGGUGGCUGACAUCUCUAUAGUGUACAAACACACAUUUGAGGCAACCCAAAAUAUAAGGACUUGGCCAAUGGGAUCCAUCACUAGAGACAGUACAAUAAGGGUGACUGUACGCUGCAGCUACUCCAAUUCUGGUAUUACCCCUCUGCAAGUAGAAGUUCUGACCCUUCCUCCACCUCUCCCUGUAUCUACAUCUGGACCUCUGCUCCUGGAGAUGAGAAUAGCCCGAGAUGGGCAGUAUACCACAUACUAUGCAGAUCAAGAUUAUCCUAUUGAGAGAAUAUUAAGGGAUCCUGUAGAUGUUGAAGUUCGGAUUCUGCAGAGGACUGACCCCAGCAUAAUCCUGGUCUUAAACAACUGUUGGGCCACCAAUUCUCCUGUGCCUACUGAUGCUCCCCAAUGGCCCAUCUUAUUAAACAGCUGCCCUUUUGAAGGAGACAACUAUCUUACCCAGCUGGUUCCUGUUGGCCCUUCCACACAGGCCGUGCCUUUCCCAACACACUACAAGCGCUUCAUUGUUAGCACCUUCACCUUUGUGGAUUCUAGCACCCAGACUGCUCUUAAUGGAUUGGUGUACUUCCACUGCAGCGCUUCUGUAUGUGUCCCAUCUGCCACGGAGUCAUGUUCUGUGAACUGCGCCCCAAGGAAAAGGAGAGCAGCUAAAUCAUGGGAACCAGAGGAUGCACCUACCACAGUCACUUCUCAUGGUCCAGUUAUGUUUUAUUCUGAAGCGAUGGAAGCAGAUAAGGUUCUUCAUGAAGAGGAAGGUCCCCUUGGUUCUGAUCUUGCCCUGAUUUGGCUACAAGGAGCAGCAAGUGUUGGCUUCAUCUUGAUGGUGUCACUUCUUGGUAUCUACUUGUAUAGCAGACAAAAGAAAUGUGCAGUGUCCAGUGUGAAUGCUUAAAUAAAGAUUUCU